UUAACACUAUACACACUACGCAGAUAACAGUUCAUAAGGACAGAUUCAAUUGUACAUGUUUUAUUUUACUUGCUGUUGGAUGACAUAUAAUAAGAAAAAUGACGACCGUGUGGCAGCAUUCGGAAUCCUUCGCCGACACAAAUCUUAAGAUGCUUGAUGAUGAGUAUUUGUGUGACGUCAUAUUAGCUGCCGGAAACGACCACAAACGUCUAAAAUGUCACAAAUUUAUUCUUGCCAGCCGCAGUCUGGUGUUUCACGCCAUGUUUUGCGGCGCACUUGCUGAGUCAAGUGACGUCAUUAACAUACCGGAUAUCGAAGAGCCUAUACUGAGGAUUCUAGUGAGGUAUUUAUACAGCGGCAAAGUAGAACUAACCGCGGACAAUGUCAUGCAUUUGAUGUACGCUGCGAGUAAAUACGAUAUUUCUGGAUUGGAAACCACCUGUGAGUUAUUCUUGAAAGAAAGGAUCGAUCCAAAUAAUGUAUGUAUAAUAUUGGAUCAGGCCAUACGUUUUUACUACCAGGGUCUGAAACAACAUUGCUUAGACUUCAUAAAAAAUACAUCGAAAUGCGUUUUAGAAUCUGACGCCUUUGUUGAAAUGUCAGUGGAGGGACUGAAAGAGGUUUUAGUAAUGAACAGAAUGUUGUGCAGUGAAAGUGAAGUGUACCUAGCAUGCAAAAGGUGGGCUUCAAAGAGGAUUGAAUCCACUGGGAAACAGGCAACAGGAGAAGAAAUUCGGAAUACACUUGGAGACGAGAUUAUCAACCUUAUCAGAUUUCCAUGCAUGACUUCAGAAGAGUUCACGGAUUUUGUGUCGAAUGAUAAUGUUCUCACCAAAGAAGAAACACAUUCCGUUUAUCAAACAAUAAAAGAAAAGAAAAAUGUCUCAAAGUUUAAAAACGAAACUAGGGGAAUGACGACCAAACCAUACCUAUUUGUCAGAAGUUUGAGUGUGGGUAAGGGUGCCGGUAUGAACUCGAGGUUUGAUCGUAUGGCAAAUGGUUUCACUUUUACAGUUUCGACUGAAUGUGCAAUGCUAGGUGUUGAUAUGUUUCUUCCUGUUUCAAGAGGUUCUGCGGAAUGCGUGUUUGAGAUUCUGGAGGGUACUAGAAUAAUACAUUCACAAAGCGUUCAGCUGUGUCACAAUCCUGGACUGAAACACAAACUUUUCCAUCUUGACAAACCUAUUCGUCUUAUUGGCAUGCAGGAAUAUUUAAUCACACACAGAACAACGGGGGCGAAACUUUAUGGCUGCUUUGCAAGUUUAGCGAAAAUACGCAUUCAUAAUAUGACAUUGACGUUCAUCAACUUGAAGGUCGAAACAAGUGAUGUCGGAACAAGUGCUAAUGGACCUGUCUUUGGCUGCGAACAGUUUAACGGGUUUGAAUUGUCAAUAAAUACAUUUGACUAACAUGUAAGCCAUAUUCAAUUUUGUCGUAUAUUUAUACAAAUAUUCGAAAGUUACCGAAACAUAUAUGCGUCAACGUCUGCCAAUUGUUGACCUUUUUCAUUCACUUCUGUAUCGAGCGUUCUAUCAGA